AUGCCUUGUGCUUCGAUCUCACCAGAACUAAGGUCGACCAACGCUACUCCCACAAUCCUUCAGGUGCCCUCCACGGGCACCUCAAACCCACCCCGCUCAGUCAACCCGGACAAGACAGUCAACGUGCCAGGACAGUCGACUUCGUCAACCCUGCCAGAGCCUCACUCCACCGGCACCUCUUUCACAUCUUCUCAGAUGCCCGUGAAGGGCACCUCAAACCGACACCCCCGAGUCAACCCAGCGCUCACGGUAACGCUCGUAAACCCGUCGCUGAACCAGUUGUCACAAUCGAUUGAUAGGGUGAAAGACCAACAUUGCGGACACCGAGACUCUCAUGCGCCGAGAAAGUCAUACCUCUUAGCCAAACAAUUGGACGACAAAACCUUCUCUCGGUUGUGUGAAGACGCUGAUCUCUUUUCCGGAGUAACCGCAACGCUCUGGGCUACGCAGCGGUGUGUAUUAUACCGCAUCAUGCCAAACCCUCAGCACGAGGGGAUCUGCGCCACCUUCGGGAUGAUUCUCGUACGCCUCAUGCUCGAAAUGAAUCUCAGCGUCUGUAAUGAAGACUUUUGCGGGUUUGGGUCGAGUCGAAUUCAUGGAAACUCGACGUCGAAGGAACCCGAUUAUUGCUUUUGCCCGAUCUCUCGCUUGGUCCCUGGAGAUACACCGGCUCCGUCCCUCGUCCUGGAGGUCGGUGUGUCGGAAUCGUAUGCCCAGCUUGUCCAAGAUGCACAUUGGUGGAACGCAAACCCUCCCACCAGACCCGGUCUCGUUAUGCUUAUUUACGUCAAGAAGAGCCCCGUCUAUAGAGUGGAUAUAGAAGUCUGGAAGGAGACGCGACGCCAAAGCGGCCACAACACAAUAAACCCCCCUCCCUCCCAGCUGGAGCUUUCUCAACAUCUCUAUGUUGAGGGCAAUAUUGUUCAUGGUGGACCUUUGCGUCUAGACUUCGGCCUGCUAAUGAGGCGCCCGCCGAACCCCCCCAUUGAACACGAUAUUGUGUUCACCGACCAUCAGGUCUUGGUCCUCGCCAGGCAGACCGAAUUAUGA